UCGGCCGACAAGUUGACAGCACUUGCGGAAGUGGGGUUGUCCAACAGACAACAAAUUAAACUGUCCAAGAUUAAACAGCUUUUACUGGUGCCAUUAUGGCGGAGACGACUCUCCUGAGGUCAGAAAUUGACAACAAAUUAGAGAAGGAAAGACACAAUCUUCAGACACUAAAUGAAGCUAUGAGCAAAAGUAACAGUAACACACAGAAUAUGCUGACGAUCUUGGAGAGUUUCCAAAACAGACUGAAGAAGCUUGAAAGCACUGUAGAACCAGUAUACAAUGAAACUGAAAUGUUAAGGAGGCGACAAGAAAAUAUUGAAAGAACCACAAUGACACUGGAGAAUGUACUUGGGUACUACCAUGUGAGCAGAGAAGUUGAGGUUCAGAUCAAAGAAGGUCCACAUUCUUGUGGUCUCCAAAGUUACCUGCUACAGAUGGACAGGCUUCUCCAGGCCCACAACUACUUCCAGAAACACAACCCAACCAGCCUAGAACUUGUUGAUGUUAUCCGCGUUUUUGAUGAAGGAAAGGAUGCCUUGCAGGUAGAGUUUCGUACAUUACUUGGGCGACAUGGCCGACCUGUUCCAGCCAUCACUAUUCUAAAUCACAUCAGUCAAUAUGAAGACCUACAGCCAGGGGAGGCAGAUCCUCCAUCAGAGAUUGAACACUUGCCAGAGAAGAUCAUCACUGAGCUUGGACAGAUAGCUAGGUGGCUUGUCACUAACGGCCCCACUACAGACUUCCUGAAAGAUUACACUACCAUGCGGUCAUCCAUGUUGGUGAAAUCCCUCCAAUGUUUGAAGGAACAUAUGAAGUCCUCCAGUGGUAGCAGUGUUAAUGCCCUGUUCCCGGGACAACACUCACCAGCUGCUGCCAGCAAAUUUAGACCAAAUAAAGAUACACCAGUGAGGAAGAGUAUGAGGAAAAUUGCACAUUCCUUCAGGAAGAAGGCAGCAACAGCAUUGAUACAGUCACCGUUUGAUCCAGGUCAUCGACGCCAAGGUUCUUAUACAGAUGUGAUCAAAGAGGAGAGUCUGGACGUAGAGAUAGAUAUCUACAUCACAGAGCUUACCGCACUACUCAAACUGAUGCAGAGUGAGAACCAGCUGAUGUCUGGUAUUGUCCCAGAGAAGCACCACCGUACUGUGUUUGAUGGUGUUGUCCAGCAGGCUAUCGACGCAGUGGUCAGUGAGGGAGAGUUGUUGGCGAGCAAUGCAAAAAAGAAUAUUUUCAAACAUGAGUUCAUGGCGGUGCUGUCUAUCUACCCAGUAGUGAAACACCUACGUACCAUCAGACCAGAGUUUGAUUACACACUAGAGGGUUGUACUACCCCAACUCGUGCCAAACUAAUCUCAUUGUUGUCGACACUUGGAAGUACAGGUGCCAAAGCUCUGGAGGAGUUUGUUGAGAGUAUAAAGAAUGACCCAGACAAAGCCUCUAUGCCAAGAGACGGUACAGUUCAUGAGCUAACUAAUCAUACUAUCAUAUUUCUGGAGCCACUACUGGACUACUCGGAUACUGCUGGUGCCAUGCUGCUGAUGCAUGGGGAGAAAGCUGCUCCAUCUGAAGCUGUUGAUGCCAAGAAGAGUAGACUGAAGCUCGCAGAGUACUGUACCAAAGUUCUGUCGGCAUUAGGUCUGAACCUAAGUAACAAAGCAGAGACAUACAGUGAUCCCACAUUGAGGCCUGUGUUCAUGUUAAACAACUACAACUACAUCCUAAAGUCUAUACAGAGAUCUGGGUUACUAGACCUUAUCCACACGUGGAAUAAGGAGGUGGGGCAGUAUUACGAGGACAAGAUACAGGAAGAAAAGAAACAUUAUUCCCAGAGUUGGAGUCGAGUGAUGCAUUACAUACUGGAGGUCAAUGAGCCAAUGUCUAUGCAGAGAACACAGGCCUUGGAAACAGCAAAGUUAAAGGACAAGGAAAAACAGAACAUUAAAGAUAAGUUUACCGGGUUCAACAAAGAGCUGGACGAGAUCUUGCGAAUGCAGAAAGGUUAUGCCAUACCAGACCAAGAGUUGAGAGAGAUGCUGAAAAAAGAAAACCGAGAUUUUAUUGUGCCAUCUUAUACAGUGUUCUUACAGAAGUACGAGAAACUGAAUUUCACCAAAAACAGGGAUAAAUAUAUCAAAUAUUCCAUUCAAGAUGUUGAAGGAACCAUUGGAAAGUUUUUUGACACAUCUGCCUAGACACACAAUAAGGAAAUAAACACAUUCCAUUACAGGAUAUCUGCUGCAGUAUUUGUGCAAUCAACAGUAUAGAAUAGUUCAAGAAAAAAAUCUCCCCUAACACAGACAUCUGAAAAAGUCAAAUAGUCUUUGUACAUUCAAGACAAGAGUUUUUAGACACAUGAUUUUCUUUGUGGUCCAAGUAUGCUUCAACAUGAUAAAGAUUGUGCCAUUGUGAAGUUUUCAACAUCGGUGAAGAGACAGAAUCUUUUAUAUCAACUUUUCAGAAUCGGUGAGAAUACGUAAUUCUGUCAUGUCAAAUGCUAUUGUGUGCCCUAAAUUUAUCAUUAUCAUUGUGAGCAGUGCUACUCAGAUUUGAUGUAAGCAAUUCUUGAUCUAGUCAUUCAAAGUUGUCAUUUAGUGACAAGAAUUGAGCAUCAGUGAAACUAAAAAUAGAUCAAAUUAUGUCUACAAAUUAUAUAUAGUUACGUACAUGUAGUUCAAACAUUGUGGGAAAAGAAAACAGUCAAACCUUUUGAGUUUACUGUAAUAUUUAAAUUGCCUUUAAAUGGCUUGUUUCACCUUAUUCAUCAUUUGAGACUCCAAAAUCUAGCUAGUGUGCACAUUGUAGAACAUGUUUCUCAGUUCUCUGAGGUGACUCCUAUCAGUGUAGAGGUUUGACUACAUACCAGUACAGAUCAACAUGUUUUUAACACCAAGAUAAUAUCUCCUGAUUUAACUGCUACAUGUAGUGUAAAAUUGUUAUUAUGUUGCUGUGAGGAUAGGUAUAAACUUCGCUAGCCUAAGGGUUUAUUGUACCAAUUCAUAAUUUACCAAACUUAUGCUAUCUACGUAGGGAAUUGUGCAAUAUUUUAUAUGUAAUGUAUAAGCUUCAAUAAAUUAAAUACGUGUAUACAGUA